UGAAAAAUCGGGCGAGCUCAUCGGAAGGCGCAGACAGGAGGGGAGAAGAAGAGAAAGAGGUGAGUUUUUUACUAUAAUCCGCGGCAUGGUUUCGCAGGCCGACUCUAAAUGAGCGUUAUAAGAGCAAAACUGGAUGGGGUUGGAGGAGCCAGUGUCAGGGAGCGGGUCACAACGUUUUGUAACCGAGCCUUUCUUCUCCUCGUCCCCCCUACUUUUUCUGCCUGCAGUGGAGUGCGCGCGGCGAGGACGUCACCCAUUGUUUACAAACCAACCGCAGCACCGACGACAGUGUUUGGGGAGCGAGUGCGCCAGAGAGGUAGCAGGAGGGAGGCUUGGUUGGCAGCUGCGGACGCCGGCGCCGCAGAAGCAGGGCAGGAGGAGCUACGGUUGCCGAGCCCGAGCUGAAAGAGGGAAGAUCGGAGUAGCUGCGAUGCCUUGCCGGCGGACAGGCGGGGAGCGCUUCCUGCUGCUUGAGCGCACCGUGUCUUUGCAGAGCAGCCCCGUCGGGGGAAGCAUCGGCUCCAAGGAGGUGGACGCUCUGGUGGCCAAGCUGGGCGAGGUGCUGCAAUUGAGCGCCCAGCACCGGACUCCGCCUCCCCGGCUCCCCAAGCACCACGGCCGGGACCGAGCGGCCCCUUACUCGGCUCCGAGGGGGCUUGGCUUCUUAGCUUCGCUGCACCGACAGCCGCCUCAUCAGCGCCCUCCGCCGUCCUUGCUGCUCUUGCCGCCGCCGCCUCCUCCUCCGCCGUCGUCCACGGACAAGAAAGGCAGCCCUCGGGUCGCCAAGCAGCUGUGUGGCCGAGGCUGGUUGAGGAGCGCCGCCCGGGCUGGAGGCAAGAAGCCGCGGCGGCAUCCUCUGCUGCCCGCGGGGGACGACGACGAAGAAGAGGACCCGCACCGGCUCCUUCAGCAGCUCAUCCUCUCCGGCAACCUCAUCAAGGAAGCUGUCCGACGUUUGCAGCUGGCGGCCUCGACGGCGGUGGGGGAGUCUAACACCAACACCACGGGCUCGCCGAGCUCCGCCUCAUCCGCGGGGAGCUGCCAUAGCAGUAGCGGCGAAGGGGACUCUGCUGCUCCACCGGCGACCACCGCAGCAUUCGCAGUCUCUUCUUUGCAGCCUCUGCCCUAGCCCCUUCGGGGAUGCAUCCACCCCACCCCAGAUCCCCCACCUCUUUUUUUCCCGCAGCCAAGUCAUGGGGGAGCCCAUGGAAGAGACUCUAUUCCCCCCACACCCUGCACACACACACGACGGACGAGGCGCGACUGCAAAUCGCCGGCGACCGGUUAUCAAGGCAACGCCGUAUACUUGAAGCAGACUCUGCUAGGAAGUAGUUCUUUGUCGCUUGUUGUCACGGAGGGAGCCGCGGGCCGGGCUGCCGCUCUCUUUCUGUUAAGCAAUCGUGGUGCUACACAGCCCUGGACGGCAGCCUUCCACUUCUCCUCAGAAGUCCAAACGACCUGCAUCGGCCUCUUGCACCAGGAUCUACACUUGUCCGGACAACUUAAUGCGGCCCUCCCCCCGCAUAGUCUGCUAUUUAGGGAGGUUGGGAAGCGCAAGAAGGGACCAUCCCGCAUGGCAUUGUCUUAUGUGGAAUUCUUUUCACUUGCACAGCUGUGUGUUGCUGUGGGGGUGGGGUGGGGUGGGGGAGAAAAGCCAAGAGGCAUGUAAGGUGUUGGGGUUGAAUUGGAAGGGAGGGGGGAGAUUUGUACACUACUGGAUGCAAAUAGGAAAAAAGGUUUGAAGAGCCGCAGUUCUCUUGCCAAGGUCACCCUUUACCUCGACCGUCCAGGUUGUUUAUACUUGCUGUGCUCCCUGGUUGGUGGAGAGUGUAAUCCUAUCCCAGUUUGUUUUGACUGGGCUGUGUACGAACCCUGUGUUUUGUAACUGCUGGGAGUCUCCUGAGGACUUCCACGCUGCCAGAUCCAAAUUGUUGUUGUGCUCUCCCCCCCCCCACCUUCUUUCCAAGAGCUCCUCCUCUUUAUAUAAGCAGGAUUCUCAGAAACAGGGUCGUGUUACAGCGGUCUUUCUAAGAAAUCUCCAUGCACCCCACCCCCCUUGGCUUGCUCUGCUUUGCCAGCCUUGGCAGCUCCCUGGAGCUCUUUUUCCCCAGCCAAAGAGUAUCAGGUUUUUCUCUGUAUCCCCUUCUCUGAUUCCCACACUGCCAGCCAUUUCCCUUGUGAGCCAAUCUCUCUUGCACAGAAGAAAAUCUGCCUGUGUCUUUGAUGGUCUUACGAGAUCAUUUGCAAUAAGUCCAAAUUACUCUUCUGAGACUUUCCCUUUCAUUCUUACACAGACCUUUUGUUUUUAGUGGCUGUCUAAAAACAGCUUAAAAUGUGAAUAUCGAAACUGGAAAGCAGCUGAUUUUAACAAAAAUGUAGUGGCAAUGAAGAGGCACAUUGUUCACAGAAGGUAGCUAAAAUAAGCUUUUUUUUAUUAAAAAGCAAACACAUGCAGAGAACUCAAUGGCUCAAUCAGCAGAAGCAGCUGUUGAUAAAAUAAUACACUUCGUAACGGAGUGUUCAAGUGUUUGUUCCUGGUUUUCAGGGUUUGUCUUUAAAUAUGUCUGUACUGAAUAAAUGUAGUAGACUUUUUAUACAAAAAAA